ACCAGCUGGAGGGAUCCCUGGAGCAGGAGAAGAAGGUGCGCAUGGACCUGGAGCGGGCAAAGCGGAAGCUGGAGGGUGACCUGAAGCUGACCCAGGAGAGCAUCAUGGACCUAGAGAAUGACAAGCAGCAGCUGGAUGAGCGACUGAAAAAGAAGGACUUUGAGCUCAAUGCACUCAAUGCCAGGAUUGAGGAUGAGCAAGCCCUGGGCAGCCAGCUACAGAAGAAGCUCAAAGAGCUUCAGGUAAGGUCUAGAAAGCCCAGGCUGGCUGCUGCAGUCCUCCAGCUGGUUCUCAGCAUUUCUGACCACUCCUCUACGAUAUCCUAUCGACGGCAUUACAGGAGCUUACUAUGUGUCCAUGAAGGGAAACACAAAGUUGUGACAGUGCCGCCAUGGAGCAUGGGGUGGGGGGCCUGCGUGAUCCAAAGAAAACUUGGGAAGAGAUCCUGAGAAUGCUCUGGGGGACAGAAACCCUGGCUUUCUGUCUCAGCUCUGCUUUAGCUAAGUGACCAAGGAGAGCCCACUCCAGAUCUCUGGGUCUCCAUGCCUUCCCUUGUCACCCGGUGACUUUUAAGGUCUCUUUAGUCACAACAACCAAUUUUUUCAUUUUUGCUGCUAGACUAGACACUGAAUUAG